CUCCUCCGCCCCCUUCCCCCUCCGCGCCGGUGCGCGGCUAAACCCCCACUAACCCCCUCACACGCUCCCGCCGCCGCAAAACCCUAAACCCCGCCGCCAUGCGCCGCCUCCCGCCCCUCUCCCAGCGCGCCGCGGCCGCCGCAUCCGCGCCCGCAUCCCCAUCCCCAUCCCCAUCCACCUCCACCCCCGACCUCGUCGCGGAGCUCGGCCGCGUCCUCUCCACGCGCCGCUGGAACAAGGGCCGGGCCUACAAGCGCCUGGCGCCCUCCGUCACGCCGGCCCUCGUCGCCGACCUCUUCCGCGCCCCCUCGGCCGCCCCGGACCCGGCCACGGCGCUCGCCUUCUUCGACUGGGUCGCGCGCCGCCAGGGCUUCCGCCACACCGCCGCCUCCCACGCCGCGCUCCUCCACCUCCUCUCGCGCUGGCGCUCCCCCGCGCGCUACGAGCAGCUCGUCUUCUCCAUGUUCGGCUGCUCGCGGAGCGCCGAGGACACGCGCGUCUCCGCCGACGCCUUGCGGGCAAUCUGCCGAACGGGUGCCGCGCGCCACGCGCUGUCCCCGGCCUGCUACAACUUCGCGCUCAGGUCGCUCGCGCGCUUCGACAUGACGGAGGAGAUGGAGAGGGUCUACUCGCAGCUCGUCGGGGACGGGCUGCUGCCGGACACCAAGACGUACAACGCCAUGAUUAAGUCCUACUGCAAGGAGGGUGACCUCCCCAAGGCGCACCGGUACUUCAAGCUGUUGCUGGAGUGUGGGCUGGAGCCGGACACGUUCACAUGUAACGCGCUGGUGCUGGGUUACUGCCGGACGGGCAACCUGAGGCGGGCCUGCUGGCUGUUGCUGAUGAUGCCGCUGGUCGGUUGCCAGAGAAAUGAGUACUCCUACACCAUUUUGAUUCAGGGCCUGUGCGAGGCGCGGCGUGUAAGGGAGGCACUCGUGCUGUUUUUGAUGAUGAGGGGUGAUGGGUGCUCCCCAAAUUCACACACAUACAUGUUCCUGAUCGGCGGCCUAUGUAAGGAGGGCAGGGUUGCUGACGCCAGGAUGUUGCUUGAUGAGAUGUCUCGGGGAGGUGUUGCUCCAAGUGUUAUGACAUAUAAUGCAAUGAUCGUAGGCUACUGUAAGGCAGGAAGGAUGCAGGAUGCAUUGGGGAUUAAGGAGCUGAUGGAAGGAAAUGGGUGCCACCCGAAUGAUUGGACAUACGGCACUUUAAUUCAUGGCCUCUGUGAUGGGAAGAUGGAUGAAGCUGAGCAAUUGCUGGAUAGUGCUGUUAAAGGAGGUUUUACACCUACGGUUGUCACAUUCACUAUCCUGAUCGAUGGGUACUGCAAAGCUGAAAGGAUUGAUGAUGCACUCAGGGUGAAAAAUAAUAUGAUGCUGAGUAAGUGUAAACUUGAUAUACAUGUUUAUGGGAAGUUGAUCAAUAGCCUCAUUAAGAAGGAUAGGUUAAAAGAGGCGAAGGAGUUGUUAGCUGAAAUUUCGGCAACUGGUUUGGUUCCAAAUGUGUUCACCUACACAUCUGUAAUUGAUGGCUUUUGCAAGAUUGGGAAGGUUGAUUUCGCACUAGAGGUCUUGAAAAUGAUGGAACGCGAUGAUUGCCAGCCAAAUACAUGGACCUACAACUCUCUGAUGUAUGGGUUAAUUCAGGAUAAGAAACUUCACAACGCAAUGGCGCUGAUAACUAAAAUGCAAAAAGAUGGAAUACUUCCCAACGUUAUCACCUAUACCGCUUUGGUUCAAGGCCAGUGCAAUCAGCAUGAAUUUGAUAAUGCUUUCAGGUUACUUGAAAUGAUGGAGCAGAAUGAUCUGACACCCGAUGACCAAUUAUACGGCAUCUUAACUGGUGCACUGUGCAAAGCUGGAAGGGCUGAAGAAGCUUAUUCAUUUCUUGUUAGAAAAGGAGUAGCCCUAACCAAGAUACUCUAUACUAUUUUAAUUGAUGGGUUCAGCAAGGCAGGCAAAAGUGACAUUGCCGCCACCCUCUUAGACAGCAUGAUUGGUGAGGGCUGCACACCAGAUUCGUACACGUAUAGUGUACUGCUGCAUGCUUUAUGCAAAGAAAAGAAGCUGCAGGAAGCUUUGCCGAUACUGGAUCAAAUGACUCAAAGGGGAAUAAAAUGUACCAUUUUUGCUUAUACAACUCUAAUCAACGAAAUGCUCAGAGAAGGGAAGCAUGACCAUGCUAAAAGGAUGUACGAUGAAAUGGUUUCAUCAGGUCACAAGCCAAGUGCAACCACAUAUACUGUAUUCAUUAACUCAUUCUGCAAGGAAGGUCGAGUGGAGGAGGCUGAGAACUUAAUUGUGGAAAUGGAGAGAGAAGGUGUUGCCCGUGAUGCAGUGACCUACAACACAUUCAUUGAUGGCUGUGGGAAUAUGGGAUAUAUUGAUCGUGCAUUUCAUACUCUGAAGCGCAUGAUGGAUGCAUCAUGUGAGCCAGAUUAUGCGACCUACUGCAUUCUGCUCAAGCAUCUUCUAAAAGAGAAUUUUAAUUUCCGUUAUGCAGACACCUCCGGCAUGUGGAACUUCAUAGAGUUGGAUACUGUUUGGCAGUUUCUUGAAAGGAUAUCAAAACAUGGUUUGAAUCCCACAAUAACGACAUACAGUUCUCUCAUUGCAGGAUUCUGCAAAGCCAACCGCAUUGAAGAAUCAUGUAUUCUUUUUGAUCAUAUGUGCAGUAAAGAUAUACCACCUAAUGAAGAGAUAUACAAAUUACUUAUCAAGUGCUGUUGUGAUACCAAGUCCUUUGAGAAGGCCUCUUCAUUUGUGCACAACAUGAUACAACACAGGUUUCAGCCUCAUCUUGAAUCAUACCAGCUUCUUAUACUGGGACUUUGUAACGAGGGAGAAUUUGAGAAGGCUAAAUCACUGUUCUGUGACUUGCUUGAACUGGGCUAUAAUCAUGAUGAAGUUGCAUGGAAAAUUCUAAAUGAUGGUUUGCUCAAAGGUGGUUAUGUUGAUAUAUGUUCUCAGAUGCUGUCUACCAUGGAGAAUAAACACUGUUCCAUAAGUUCUCAGACACAUGCUAUGGUGACCAAUGGCUUGCAUGAGGCAUCUGGCAGUCUGGUUGGUGAACUCCGAGGAGAAGCUCUUUGAGUCAGCUUGACUGAUAUGUUCAUGCUAAUAGAUGGUGUGUUUCAUUGGCCACACAUUUCGUCUGUAACUUUCAGUCCAAUGGAAGACAUGUGCAAUUUUGAUAUUAGCGAGGCACAUGUGCAGGUUGCAUGCAGCACCGCGCUGUACAUAACUGACUUGAGAUGAGCAACAUCCAGUUAGGAUGCCGUUUGAUCAGCUAAACGCCAAUACAUGUUGCUCAAGCUGAUCAGUUUGUCAGAAACAGGAUUAUCGUACCAAUUCAUAUUCAAAUCAAAGGCACUUUCUCGUCAUGCAGUUGGGAGAUAGUCAGUGUCAGGCUCACCCAAACCUAGGGCUUAUGGAGUCUCAUUGCUUGCUUUGCUUUGGGGGUAAUCAAUUAUACCUGUCAUUCUUUGAUUGCCAUAUUUUGGUGGUAUAGAUGCCGUACAGUUCUUUUACAUUGCAGAAGUUUAUUUUUGAAUGAUAUAAACCAGUCUACCUCUAUUACUCCUAUUUAUGUAGUGAUUCAUAUCAGAGCAUUUAGUGUGGUGUGAAAUGACGUAUCAACUUGAAAGAAUUAAACUUAAAAAUUAUUGGAUAGGUACAGACUUACUUUGUAAAAAAUAGAUAUGUAGAUAGACUUGUUUACUACUACCUUUGUCCUCGAAUGUAUGCCACUGUGGGGUGCAUAGAGUCAACCUUUAGAAUUCUUGAUGACUAAUAUGUGCGAAAGUACAAUUUAUUCAUUUUGCAUAAUUAUUUUACGUUGUCCAUGCUUAUUGUUUUCUAUAAAACAUGUUAUGUUCAGAAAUUAUAGUCCCGCAUCGGAGGCUGUAGAAGAACAUCAUACAUUUGUAAAUGAAGUAAGAUUUCUUGUUGUUUAGCUAUGUUUGAUAUACUUUCAAAUCUUGGCCAACAAAGAACAGUGGUUUGGAUUGCAUUUUGCCACAUUGAGACAUCAGACAUCGUCCGUGGUGAGACUUUGACAACACGAAACACGAUAGUUUGUUGCGGUAACACGUUCUACAAGACAGGCACUCAUUUGAACUCAAAUACUCUCUCUCUCUCUCUCUCUCUCUCAGAGAUACUUGGCAAAGUGACAACUAGUUCAGUACUUUAAUUCCUAAGAGUAAAUUGCAGCACAAGUUGCAUCUUGACCAUCAACUAGAAAUCUGAAUAUAUGCACGAUUGUAUAGAUUUUCAUUAAGCAUGGUAAAUCAAUAUAUUCCUAGUCUCCUUCCUCUCUGCCCUUGUGGUGCCAGUGGGUCUGCCAUCAUGCCACCUGGUUCCAGGGCUAUCUCAAAUAGGUACGCUAGUUCUGAAGCAUCACCAUUUUUCUAAAUCAAAUAGGUACGAGAGUAUAACUUGAGGUGUUAUUAGUCUAGUGAUGAAAUGCCGUUUAGCUGAUCAAGUGCAAAGAGCACCCUCAAGUGAAAGGUUGGGUUCAGUCAUUGCACUUGGAAAUUGGAAUCUCUGGAUGACUGUGUAACCUACGUGAAGGCUUUACAUUGAUGCCUAAUUCAGAGAUGCCAAGACUUCAUGCUCUUAAUUGGAGUAUCAAUCUAAGGUAUAUCUUCUGUGUUCGUCUGUCACACUGUUCUGUGAUUUCUAGGGAUGUCAAGUGCGGCAUGUUUGCUCCCUUGUGCGGAUCUCUGAUUUUUGGGCUUGCAGAGUAGCUUUUUGAAAAAUCGUGUCUGUUCCCCAUUGAAUUACGAUAGCCUAAUGAUAAUUCCAUAUUAGCCAGAAGACCAAAACAGUAAUGUGGUUGUUGUUUUAACUGUAACUUUACACCCUUAAUACAGGCAUAUGGCUCCAGAGUACUUGCAUGCGUGGGAUCAUAAUGAGAAGAUUUCUGUGUUUUCAUAUGGACUUUUGCUUCUCGAAUUGUCAGCCCAUUCUUGAUCAACUGUAUAGGCAAAACCGCUGAACAACAUGAAAGAGCUAGUGGAUCCUUCUCAUGACAUUGCAGAUGACUCGAGAGGAACACGCUCCCCAACAGUUGCAUUCAUGUGCAUUCACCACAGGGCAAGCUCACGGCCUUGUAUGUAGGGCUGCAAGAAAAGCUCGAGGCUCGUGAGCCGCUCGAGAUCGACUCAUUUUUUGACUCGAAUCGAGAUCGACUCGAAAAGAAAUGAGCUGAGUUUGAACUCUUUAUGUAACUCGAUCGAGAAACGAGCCGAUCUUGAGUCAAUGUUGGCUUGCUCGAUUUUAGCUCGAUAGCUCGAUAGAAUAUCAUUACAUUAAACGAUCAAUAUCAUAUAUUAAAUGAAAAUAAGAUAAUUUAUUACCAUAUAAAUUGUCCAUAAUUUUUCUCCAUUUUAUUUACCAACGAACAUGUAAACUUAGUUAAAUGCGGAGAAGAUUUAGGCCUAAUUAUGGCACGUGGUUGACUAUGUGUUAAAUAUCCUAAUUUUUUUGGCAAAGCUUCCCAACAUAUUCACCUUAAUUUUUUUUAUUUUUCAUCAUAGAUUUAUAAUUUUUACCAUCACAUUUAGCUCGAAACUAGCUCGAGAUCAACUCGAGAUCGUUACAACCUGAGCACGAGUCAUGUUCUACAACUCGGUCAUGAUCUUCACUUAGUUUGAGCUCGCUCGAAUUUUAAUAUGAGUUGAGCUGAGCCAACUCCAACUCGCUCGAGCUCGACUCGUUUGCAGCCCUACUUGUAUGAAACCGGUUAGUGAGUUAUACAUAUCUGCCAUUUGCAAGUGCAAAUUGAGCAUCAAGUUGACGAGGUGUUAUGUUGGUUGUUGGUUGCAGGUACUCGGUUUCUUGAAGGUAGAUAGUCCACGUACACAGAUGUGAGGUCCUUAACUCCCAAAGCUCCACAUGUUUAACUUGUGAUUCAGAAGACUGGAAUGGACUCACACACGCUAGCCACCAUAAUGAUGUGGAAUACGACACAUGCAGGCUGCCUUGGAGCGGUGAAAUUUAGUACGGAGUGUAUUUGUUGACAGGUUUUUCCAUCUUUUGUAAAUCCUCGGUCUCUACAUUGUGAUCCUCCUACUUUUCAUAUGUUGAAGAUGCACGGAUUUGAGAGACCAAUCAUCGCCGCUGGGAAUUUUCAAUAGUAUAUUCAGAAUUAUUUCCUGUUUCGUCAUUGUGGACUUACUUUUUCCGGACAGUUUUUACUUGUAGGGUCCUCUGUACUUAUUGAUGAAUAAUUUCAAUUUAUGGACGAACAAGUCGAGCA